AUGAAGGCCUUCUCAACAGUCUCAUUUGGCCUUACCUUAGUAGUUUUAGUAAACUACAUUUGUUUGUGUUAUGGUGAUCUGCGGAUAGGUUACUACCAGGGGAAGUGUCCUAGCAAUCGUACAGAUGUUGAGCAGAUUGUCAAAAGAUCUAUAUCCGCUCAAUUUGGAUUGGAUGCAACCGUGGUUCCUGCACUCCUUCGCUUGCAAUUCCAUGAUUGCUUUGUCCGGGGAUGUGAUGCAUCAAUACUCCUAGAUGGCCCUAAAAGUGAGAAGAAUGCACCUCCAAACUUAACUGUGAGAGGUUAUGAUGUCAUUGAUAAAGCUAAAGCUGAUGUAGAGCAAAGCUGCCCGGGCAUCGUCUCUUGUUCUGAUAUCAUUAUCAUGGCUGCUAGGGAGGCUGUUGUCUUGGGUGGAGGACAGUACUUUGAUGUAAUGACAGGGAGAAGGGAUGGCCUAUAUUCAAUCGCAAGCCAAGCUGUGAAUCUUCUACCUGCUGCUGAAAUUUCAGUGACUGAUUCUAUUGCAUUAUUUGCAAGUCUAGGAAUUGAUGUUCCAGACAUGGUUACUCUCAUUGGUUCUCACACAGUAGGGGUUUCACAUUGUUCUGCCUUCCAGGAUCGUCUCUACAAUUACAACAACACAGGAAAGGCUGAUCCAACUAUGGAUCGUGGUCUACUUAACUCACUAAAAGGGACAUGUCCCCAGAACGCAACAAAUGACAACUUAGCUAAUUUGGAUCAGAACCCUUUGAGUUUUAACAUUGUAGACAACUCCUUCUUCAUGCAGAUUCAGAACAAUAAAGGAGUUAUAGGAAUUGAUCAAGAGAUAAAUCAGGACAAGAGAACUAAUGUCACAGUGCAUCUGCUAGCCAAUGAUAAUGUGAUCUUUAAUGCACAAUUUGCUGCUGCCCUUGUUAAAUUGGGAGCUGUAAAUGUACUUUUAGAUCCUUUGGGAGAGAUUAGGACUUUGUGUCGAUCGACUAAUGACGCUCCUGCCCCUCCACCAAGUAGGCGUUAA